AUAUGUUAAUCCAACAUGGGUGAAUGUCACAACAGCAGCUUCUCCAUGACGCAAGACCUGCCGGAGAAUUGUCCUGACUCGUUCAAUGCCAGCUACGAACUGGACUAUGGAGUUCCACGGGAGGAGAUACCCGAUACAACGCAGAGCUGUGCGUUUUUUGUGGCCACCAUUGUCAUAGCCAUGGUCCUGGUCUGUAUCAUAUUAGUCUGUGGCAUUGGCAACUGUCUGUUCAUUGCCUCUCUGGCGCGCUACAAAAAACUCCGUAACCUCACCAAUCUCCUCAUUGCUAACUUGGCCGUGUCGGAUAUUCUGGUGGCUGUAGUGUGCUGUCCGUUUCUGUUGGAUUAUUAUGUGGUGAAGCAGCUGUCAUGGGACCAUGGGCUUGUCCUGUGCGCCUCAAUCAACUAUUUACGCACGGUGUCCCUGUAUGUGUCCACCAACGCGCUCCUGGCAAUCGCAGUGGACAGGUACAUGGCCAUCGUCCACCCUAUGAAGCCUCGCAUGAAGUACCAGACGGCCUACAGCCUGAUCCUGGGCGUGUGGAUCGUACCCAUCGUCAUCUCCGUCCCCUCUGCCUACUUUGCGUCCGAGACCACAUACCCGCGCAUCUCCAGUCAGAGCCACAAGACCUUCUGCGCCCAGAUCUGGCCUGUGGACCACCAGCUCUACUACCGCUCCUACUUCCUCUUCAUCUUCGCCCUGCAGUUCGCCGGGCCCGUGGCCAUCAUGGCCGUGUGCUACGCCAGGAUCUUGCGGGAGCUGUGGUUCAAGAGCGUGCCCGGCUUCCAGACAGAGCAGAUCCGGAAGCGGCUGCACAAACGGCGGAGGAUGGUGGUGGUGCUGAUUCUGGUGCUGGCUGCCUACGUGCUCUGCUGGGCACCGUACUACGGCUUCACACUGGUACGGGACUUCCACCCCAUCCUGAUCUCCAGGGACAGGAACUCCCUGGUGGCCUUUUACAUUAUCGAGUGCGUCGCCAUGAGCAACGGGGUCAUCAACACGCUGUGUUUCGUGAGCGUCCGCAACAACGCCAAGUGCAUGCGGACAGUGACCAGGCUGCGCUGGAAGUCUGUCAAAUGUGCAGCGGGAAAGACGGUGGAUGAGCACACCUCGUCUUUGCGCGUGACAGAGGAUGUUGACUGCACACGGCUGAGAUAGAGACGAUCAUCUCAGGAUCGGGCCUCUAUCGAAAGGUAGAACCAGCAGUAGACUAAGUGGAUUCUGGGAGGUUGCACACUUUUCCCGUUUUUUAAGAUCCAAAAGAGUGAGAUAUAAGAUUGAGUCAAGGGAACGGUUUGGCGUUGGACAAGAGGUCCAGACUGCUUGACGCAGAGUAGUGCUGCAUGAUAAUGGCAAAAAAAUCUGAUAAAACAGUGAUUUUUCUGACCAAAUAUUGCGAUUGCAAUUUGACUUGCGAUAUACAGUAGAUCAAA